CCUUACUUCCGGACUGUGCGUUCCACAUGCAGGAAGUGAGUUUUCACCGACAGCUGCAGCCUCCCAGUGUCCGUGGAGAUCAGGAACUCCAACUGUGAGGAACGGAGUCUUUAUUACACAUCACACGUUCUGUAUUCUCUCUGAUUCACCGAGGAUGGACAAGGACAGGAGUCACAGGACUGAGAGGAUAAUAAAUAUCACCCUGGAGAUCAUCUACCUGCUGACUGGGGAGGAUUACACAGUAGUGAAGAAGACAUCCAAUGAGUGUGAGAUACUCAACAGCCAUCCCCGUGUGUCAGGAGGACUGAGUAGAAGCCAGAGCCCCAUCCCAGUGCCUCCACCUGACUCACUAAUACAUGAGAGACCCAAUGACCAAAAGAUCCUGGAGCUCACCAACAAGAUCAUUCAGCUGCUGACUGGAGAGGAGGGGGAGUAUAUAGAGGAACACAGGGGUCUGUACAAGGACGUGAUGAUGGAGAAUCACCGGCCCCUCACAUCUCUGGAUAAGAGGAGACUGUCAUGUAUUGUACAGGGGAGAGCAGAUGGGCCCAGUAACAGAGAUACCCCAGAGAGAUGUCCCUGUCCUCUGUAUUCCCAGGAUUGUACAGAGGAGAAUCACAGGACCCCACAGGAGGAUCAGGGUGAAGCCCAAUUAAAUAAUAUUAAAAUCAAAGCUACAGAGGGAGAAGAAGAGACGUAUGUGACUGAUAAGGAGGCAGAAGAUAUAGAGGGAGAAGAAGAGACGUAUGUGACUGAUAUAAAGGCAGAAGAUAUAGCGGGAGAAGAAGAGACGUAUGUGACUGAUAUGAAGGCAGAAGAUAUAGCUGGAGAAGAAGAGACGUAUGUGACUGAUAUAAAGGCAGAAGAUAUAGAUAUAGAAGGAGAAGAAGAGACGUAUGUGACUGAUAUAAAGGUAGAAGAUACAGAGGGAGAAGAAGAGACAUGUGUAACUGAUAUAAAGGCAGAAGAUAUAGCGGGAGAAGAAGAGACGUAUGUGACUGAUAUAAAGGCAGAAGAUAUAGAGGGAGAAGAAGAGACGUAUGUGAGGGGUGAUCUGCAGUGUAAGGAGGAGGAGAUCCCUACAGAUAUCAGCACAGAUGGACACACAAGCAGGAAUAUCUCAGAAGGACAUCUAAUGUUAUCCCCGGAUUGUGACAUAAAAGAUAAUGACAGUAGACAGGAUUCUCCAGGAGAUAACGCCAUUACCCCAAUUAUACAUCCAGCUCUAUCAGCUGGUCCCACUGAUCCUGGGAAAUGUUCUCCUGAUCACUCUGAUAUUGGUGCAUCUGUUCCAGCUCUGACAGUAGAUACAGAGUUUUUCUGUUCUAUAGAUGCCAAAUGUUUUACACAGAACACAAAACCUAUUACCGCACACACAGGUAAGGCAGGUGAGAGGCCACUGAAAUGUUCAGAGUGUGGGAAAUGUUUUACAUACAAAUCACAACUUGUUAUACAUCAGAGAAGUCACACAGGUGAGAGGCCAUUUUCUUGCUCUGAGUGUGGGAAAUGUUUUAUCCUGAAAUCACAACUUGUUACACAUCAGAGAGGUCACACAGGUGAGAGGCCAUUUCCAUGUUCUGAGUGUGGGAAAUGUUUUGUAUGCAAAUCAGAUCUUAUUCUACAUUACAGAAGUCACACAGGUGAGAAGCCAUUUUCUUGCACUGAAUGCGGGAAAUGUUUUGCACAAAAAUCACCUCUUGUUACACAUCAGCGAAGUCACACAGGUGAGAAGCCAUUUUCUUGCUCUGAGUGUGGGAAAUGUUUUAUCCAGAAAUCACAACUUGUUAAACAUCAGAGAAGUCACACAGGUGAGAAGCCAUUAGCAUGUACUGAGUGUGGGAAAUGUUUUGCAUGCAAAUCAGAUCUUGUUCUACAUCAGAGAAGUCACACAGGUGAGAAGCCAUUUUCUUGCACUGAAUGCGGGAAAUGUUUUGCACAGAAAUCAUCUCUUGUUCUACAUCAGCGAACUCACACAGGUGAGAAGCCAUUUUCUUGCUCUGAGUGCGGGAAAUGUUUUAUACGGAAAUCACAACUUGUUCCACAUCAGAGAAGUCACACAGGUGAGAGGCCAUUUCCAUGUUCUGAGUGUGUGAAAAGUUUUGCACACAAAUCAGCUCUUGUUACACAUCGGCGAAGUCACACAGGUGCGAAGCCAUUUUCUUGCUCUGAGGGCGGGAAAUGUUUAGAAUUCACAACUUGUCACACAGGUGAGAAGCCAUUUCCUUGUUCUGAGAAAUAAAUCAGCUCUUGUUGCACGCAAUAGACAUCACUCAGGUGAGAAACCAUUUUAGUCUUCUGGAGUAUACUAAUUGCCAUGCAUUCAAGGUUCUUCUCCUAUCUCCUAUGCUUUUUGCAAUAUACAUGCUACCACUGCUAUGUCGAUGACCUGUCUCUUGCUCCGGGUACUGAGAACCCACUACCAAUCCUAAAUGGUUGUCUAGCUGAGCUCCAUCUGUGGGUGAUGCCAGUUGGCUGUGACUCAGUCCUGGUGAAACAGGUCUUUAUGGUAGAAGCUCACCAACAAACGGCAGGGCUACAGCUCAGCUUUGUUACCAACCAUACUUAAACUUGAGCGUUCAGAGUUACAAAAUGCUGAUCCUUUGUGGAAUCUUGGUGUCCUGGUUAGUGGAGUGACACUUAGACAUCAGUAUCUGCCAAAAUCAGAUCCUCAUCUGAGGAACAUAGCCAGACUCCAGCACUUAUUUCCCUCAGAAGAUCUACCUACAGUCAUACAUGUACUUGUAUCAUCACACAUAGACUACUGCAAUGUCCUCUACCUGGGUCUCCCAGCAAUAGAAUUGCACCGCUUGUAGCUUGUACAGAAUGCAGCAGCCAGGCUGUUACCUAACCAGCCCGUUCCUGCCACAUAACACCCAUUCUCUGCUCCCUCCACCGGCUGCCUGUAAGAUGGUGACUCUGGGCCUAAUUCAGGUUGGAUUGCAGUGUGUGAUCCAAACAGAAUCAUUGAGAAAAAGUUGCGGACGCAGAAAAUGUGAUUGGUUCUUGUUAAUCAGGCAGAGGCGGUCCAGGGUAAGGCGGCAAUGCUCCAUUUCCAUGGAGAAGAUGGAUCAUUGCAAGUGCAGUGUGGCGCAAACAGGUGUGAUUACGGUGGCUGCAUGACAUCACAAUCGAGAAGAACGCAGUGGGGAUCCUGCGGGCCGCAGAAGGAUAGUUCAGUAGUUUCUAAAAUGAAGAAGAAAUUGUGAAGUGAUCGCAAUUUCUGCAUCAAGGGGGAGGCGCCGUUCAGCAUACUGGACGGCCUUGCCCUGCGAUAGACGGCCUCCAGUCUGCUAGAAAAAGGAUUGCUAAUUAGCAGCAUCUGCCUCCUUACUGACUUACUGUAGGCCCCUAUUACACAAUCUUACUGACUCUCCCAGCCCUACAUGACCAGGGUCCAUGUACCAGAAGCAGCUUCUGCCUCCUUACUGACUUACUGUAGUUCCCUAUUACAGAAUCUUACUGACUCUCCCAGCCCUACAUGACCAGGGUCCAUGUACCAGAAGCAGCUUCUGCCUCCUUACUGACUUACUGUAGGGUCCUAUUACAGAAUCUUACUGACUCUCCCAGCCCUACAUGACCAGGGUCCAUGUACCAGAAGCAGCUUCUGCCUCCUUACUGACUUACUGUAGUUCCCUAUUACAGAAUCUUACUGACUCUCCCAGCCCUACAUGACCAGGGUCCAUGUACCAGAAGCAGCUUCUGCCUCCUUACUGACUUACUGUAGGACCCUAUUACAGAAUCUUACUGACUCUCCCAGCCCUACAUGACCAGGGUCCAUGUACCAGAAGCAGCUUCUGCCUCCUUACUGACUUACU